CUAAAUUUGCUUCCCUGAUCUUUAUCCAAAACACAGCCGGAACAUCAUCCGGAGCUCGGAGCUAGGAGCCAAGCAGCAGUGUAAACAAGGAGUGUUUGCACUGGAUCUCUCAGAGGGCAAUAUUCACAUUCCGCUGCUCCUGCUAAAGCGAAGAGUUUAACUUAAAUCUCUUAGAGUGAGUUUUCGACUCAUCGGAGAGGAUGGCAGAGGGAGGUUUUGACCCCUGUGAGUGUAUCUGCUCUCAUGAACAUGCCAUGAGGAGACUCAUCAGCCUGCUGAGACAGUCCCAGUCCUACUGUACAGACACCGAGUGCCUUCAGGACAUGCCGGGCCCCAGCUCCUCAGUGGAAGGGGACAUCACUGUACCCAUGAUCAUUAUGGGAUGGCUGGUGCUAGCUCUCAUGCUCUUUCUGAUCCGGCCAGCCAGCAUGAGGGGCCCUUCAGCCAGCAGCAAGCCCUCCGGUCCCCGAGGUAAUCCUGGCAGAGAUCCUCCAGCAGCUCCUCCUGUAGACUAGAGCUCUUCUCAUGGAUCCUUCCAUCAGCUUCCACCUGAUCAGAUACUGUGACGAAUAUAGAACUCGUUAGUUUCCUUCAUCUUUCAGUGUUUCAAAUCUCAGAUUCUUUAGUCCAAUAAUGGGGGUGGAUUUAUACAGACUCUUGGAUAGCAAGGUUUAUGUACAGUUUGUUACAUUUCAAAGGAGGAAGUUGAUGAAACAAUGUUUUCCAGGUUUAUAUAUGUCUUCAAUUUUUUUUUACUUCUUCUUUCUAUAUGUUUGUUUUGAAGCAUUAUUAGGCAUUCGGCAAGUUGUUAAUAUGACAUAAACCUAGCCUAGAUCAGCCUGGAUUUAAAUCGUGUUUUAGACUCGAGGUUAGGUAUAAAUCUGGUUAUUUUUGAAGGCGUAGAGGAUCAUGUUCUUGACUUUACAGACAUCAUGUCAUUGAGUGAGCCAUGGCUCAUUCUAAACACAGAUGUAAUUGAAAUGAUUCACACAUUUGAGGCUGACCGAGUCCACUUCUUAAAGGGAUAGGUCACCUUCAGUUGCCGGUACCCAUUGACUUGCAUAGAGUUCUUGUUUAUUUUUUCAACUGAAGGUGAACUAUCCCUUUAAAUCAAAAUGUUGGGCAAGAGGAAAUAAUAAAAAAUGGGCGUCUUCCAGUUUUUACUUGACUCUGUCAUGGUCUGGGAUAGACUAAAACAUCUAAAACGGACCUCUCCACCCUGAACACUGUUUACUCUCUAAAUCACUAAAAGAAUCACUAGUACAGCCAGUGAAAUGCCAUUCUUAGGAGUUGCUUGCACUUGCUCAGGAAUCAUUAUGUAGCUGUAUUAUCCACAUGACUUAAAUGGUAUGAAUAGCUGUCAAAUUUCAGAAACGGUGGCUUUCAAAAUAAGCUUUGAAUUGGGCAUGCUGCAAUUUCGGUAAUAUUUGCAAAGAGUGAGAUUCUGUUUCGGAUGAGCUUAAACUCUAGCACUUUCGUUCUGGCUCCUUUACAACAGCUCCAGAAAAACACCAACGAUAGGAUGCUGUCUCUUCAGUGCUUUGAGAAGGUUUGAAUGUCUUAAUUGGUUGGACUUAAUAUGUGAGUUCUGUCUAUGUACACUGUUCUAUGAGAAAGGGCUUCAUCUAUGCACUUUUGGUUUCUACAAAUAAAUCUGAUGAUUAAUAGC